AUGAUACAUGAAAUCGGCAGUGGUAUGGUUCAUAUGGGUCUGAAAAAAUCGAAUGAGACACUUGUCGGCAUCUAUGCAUCGGCUAACGUUCAUUAUGCUUUGCUUCUCUAUGCAUCAUGGCCAUUUUCUUUCGUACCUGUCGGUAUCUAUGACUCGCUUGGCAUUGACGCCGUUCGAUACAUCACGAAACAUGCCAAUUUGAAGAUCAUUUUUGCUGACAAUAUGCAGCGCGUGAAAAAUUUAAUUGAAUAUCGAGAGUCAACGUCAACACUAGAAACAAUUGUGAGUCUUUUGGAGCCGUCAUUCAGUUUAAUCGAACAGGCAAAAUCCAAAGGUAUUCAGCUCAUCACCUACGAUGAGCUGAUCAAAAUGGGCAGGAAUAAUCCAACAGAACCACAGCCACCUCAGCCGACUGACACAGCUCUAAUCUUGUAUACCAGUGGAACUACUGGUGAUCCGAAAGGUAAUAUUAUUAUUUCAUUCUUUAUAAUACAAGCUAAUUGA